CCUCCAGCUCUUCUUAUAACACAAGUGCAGGGCUGGCAUCACAAUCUGGAUCAUUUCACAUUCUACAGUGCAAUGGCUUCUCGCUGUUGCAUUUUCUUGGUUGUGUACCUUGGUUUGGUCUUUGAGAGAACCCAUGUGACGACCGUUGAGGCGCGGUCUCUCCCCGAUGCCGGGAAGGAAUCGCUGUCGGCGCCAGAAGUGAAGGUGGUGCCGCCAUUGCCUAGGCCUAAGUUGCCGCCUCUGCCUCCUUUGACUUGUUCGCCGCCUAUUUUGAAAUCACCAGCGCCAAAGUUGUCACCGUUGCCACCCUCAGAGUCUUCACAGACUCCGCCUAGUAUCAUUUUACCAUCACCAGCGACCAAAUCAGCGCCGUCACCGCCGAGUCUCAAUGCACCCACGCCUAAAUCCCCAUCACUGCCAUCGAAAUCAACCCAACCUCCAAAAUCAUCCCCAUUGCCCCCUAAGUCGCCUAGUCUCAAGCCACUGGUCCCUAAACAAUUGCCAUCGCCGCCAUCGAAGUCUGCUCAUCCGCCCCCUUCUGUCAAUUCACCAUCGCCAAAAUCACCACCUGUACCGCCAUCAAAAUCGACCCAAUCACCACCUAAUCCCACUCCUCCAAUGCCAAAAUUGCCACCAUCAACGCCUACUGCACCUCCCCCUGAUUUAUCAGCGCACAAUUCGUCACAUUCGCCACCAUCAAAAUCAAGCCAACCACCACCUCGAACCAAUUUGCCCUCUCCAAAGUCACCAUCUGUACCGCCAUCAAAAUCGACCCGAUCACCACCUAAUCCCACUCCUCCGAUGCCAAAAUCGCCACCACCAUCGCCUAAUGCACCUCCCCCCGAUUUAUCAGCGCACAAUUCGUCACAUCCGCCACCAUCAAAACCAAGCCUACCACCACCUCAAACCAAUGCACCCUCGCCAAAAUCACCACCAUCGCCACACAAAUCGCCGCGUCCUAUCUCACCUCCUAAAUCGACCCCAUCACAGCCAUCACCUUCGACACAAACUCCGCCUGGAUCCCUUUCACCAUCUCCUGAAUCACCUCCAUCACCACCUAGCUCGCCCAGCUUCGACCCACCGACGCCUAAGAAAUCACCAUCACCACGAUCAAAGUCCAUGAAAUCUCCUCCUAGUCCACCAACUCCUAAAUCAUCAUCACCACCUACUUCUCCCCAGCCAGCCCCAAAAUUGUCACCACCAUCACUAAGCCCACCAAGUUCCGCUUUACCGGCACCUAUACCGCCGGCACUGUCUCCACCAAUGCCAAAUCCAUUGCCACCUGUAUGCAAUUCACCAGUGCCCAAACCAUCGCCAUUACCGCUGAAAACAACUUCCCCCCCACCCAACUUAUCAGAGCCACCACCGACCUCCUCUGCACAAGCUCCAACCUUACCACCGUUGCCUUCAAAAGGAGAAUUUGCUUCACCAUCAGUAGCACCGCUGCCUUAUACACCACCAGCAUCUUAUGAACACACAAUGCCUCCGCCGCCGCCGCCGUCCUAUCCGACGCCUACAUUGCCUGCAUUUCCGACACUCCCGAAUUUGACAUGGCCUCCGUAUCCUUUCAUCCCCAAGAUUCCUGGGAUCCCGAGGACUAAUUCAACCACUUCCUCUCCUCCAUCUCCUUCAUCUGCAAGAGCCUGAGCACUUUCACUUGUGUAGUCAGUUUUAGCAUAUAAGUCACUUUGAUCUUCUUCACCUAUUGCCCCUUAAUGUUUGUGCUUUCACUGGCCUCCGAGCAAAGCAAAUGCUCAACUGCCUUCUUUUUUUAAUGAUUUGCAAGUGAAAAACAGCGUUAUGUUCA